CUACCAAAUAUGGCACAGUGGCUCUAACGAAUAUACCGUCCUUUGCAUUUCGACGUAUUUGAACAAUGGCUGCUAUAUGAGGUGACCAGAAACUCAUCCACCAUCGGUUACCAGCUUUUGACUUUGAACCUCAAAGGGGAUAAUUAAGCCUAUCUGCUAUAGGCGGCUGCCACCGUGCUUCGCAUGUGACCGAGCAGACAGGGCAGGGAGGGGCGGUCUGUCUCGUGUACGGUACCGUGGACCAGCGAGUUCUAGUCAACGUAUCUGGACAGCAACACCAGCGACCCCACCGAAGAGAAGUUGUUGAGUUGCAGCUAUAGCUUCUACCCGGAUAUACUGUCGUAUACGUCGGCUCUAAGGACUACGACGUUUAAGCAGCCCCAAGGACGAAAGGGCCUGCUUAGUGUUGUCCCAGCUUUCGCCUUUGAUGUGCUGAUGUAGUUUUGUGAAAGCUUGCGGAGAUUUGGACCUUGUCAGUGCUGCGGGAAGAGCGAUGACCACAAAGAGGAAGGCAGAGAAUCACACCAGGGCAGGAAACCUUCCUGUCAUCAUGAAGCGUGGAGGCUCCCAAGCUGAUUCAGAGAGAGACUCUGGGUUUUCAGAUGCGAGCUCAGAGCACAUGAGCACGAUGGACACCACAGAUUCUGAGGAUUCACCACACCCUGUUGUACAGCAGGGACCACGGACCACUGGCUCAGGGACCCACCCUCCUGGACUUGCAGUGGUGGGUGGGCUAUCUCCCAUGAUCAUCAUGAACAAUGUCCUGCUCAAGCAGCCUGGAGAGAAUCCUCCUGCUCUGAAGCCCUGGGGGUUUAGUCCCACUGUGGAGGUGGUUCAGCCUGUGGUCCAGCAGCCUCAGGUGGUCUUUAUCCAGCCUGUGGUUUCUCGUCAAGCUUCCUCAGGCACCAAAGAGGCCAACUCUAAACACAGACGCCCUAAGAAGUAUCUUCCAAUCCUAAAAUCCUACCCAAAGAUUGCCCCACAUCCCGGGGACAGCUCUAGCUCCUCAGGAAGAGGAACUGCCCCCUCAACUUACUCCUCCUCUUCUUCUUCAGGGUCAGAGAAAUGUAGUACUUUGACUUCCAUCACUCGGGAACACUGUCAGCGAGAGAAACCACAGAGAAGUUUAUGUAGUAGUGCCGGUAACUCUGGCCCAACCACUCCUAGUCUUCCUGCAACCCCCACCACAAUGUCUCCUCUGCUCCAGAGCAGAUCAUGUCUCUCAACAGGAGAAACCAACACCACUCCUGCGAGGGAGAGGCCUUCAUCAGCUGUCAGCCAGGCAGACUGUACGACUUUGCUGUCUUUCAGUCAUGCUACUGGAUCCAAAAACCGCACACUCCCUGUUUCCCCGGCGGUCGUCUCACUGAGUGAAGGUAACGACAGUGACGGUGAUGCUGACACAAGAAGGAAGCGCUUCUGCAACACUUACAACAUCCUGAGCAAAUCUGGCCUGUUAGACAUCACACUCCGUACCAAGGAGCUCCUCAAGCAGAACCAGCGCACCCAGAACGACAUAGACCGGCUGAAAAAACAAACAGACCUCUUUCUUCAGGCUCUGCGGAGUGGAGACACCCGCAUCUGUGUUAAACUGCAGGCCACUCUUUUGGAAGAAGACAGAGAGAAUGAGAAAGAGCGAUCUGUUCAGUCCAGUUUAAAAGCAGAUUAGACCUGAACUAGGCCUUCAUAGUAAUCCUAUAGACUUGAGAUGGAAAGGAAGACAAGGAUUGGGGGUUGGGUGCAUGCAGAGACAGAUGGACCGAAAGUAAAGCGUGCCCCACAAUACAAACCCACCCCCCGGACUCUCAGAUAGGCAGCAUGCUGUGGCCUACAUUUAGGCUGCCGGCUGCCUUAGGGCCCUGACACACCAAGCUAACCUAAAAAGAAAAGUUGGUUUCGACUUUUUAUUGUCUCUUAUUUAAGAGUAACAAUCAUUGUAACAUUAUAGGAGGCGGCCAGCUGACCACCAACGUGCACAUGUGUUGUGCACCUGUGUGAGGGGAAAUAUUUAUUGAAAGAAGCAGUCGGUGUGCUAAGAUUAUAAAUUGAAAAUACAAAAAUACCCUUAUAAAUUUGUCUGUGGACAUUGUACACUUUGCUGUAGGCUGUUGCUGUCAGCCUGUAGUGUAUGUUUUUUAGAAAUCUAAAAAAAAAAAAAGAGGUGAAAAACACAAUGUAUGGGUCAACAGCCUGUCCAUGAAGGACACCCUGCAAAAACGACAGCUUUGGACAGCCACAUACUUCAAGUGCUGACUGCUGGACUACUAUUGGCUUGUUGUGUUGGGGACCAAAUAAGGCAGACGCAGCUCAAUGUUCUUCCUCACUGAGCCGGACUAGAUCUUCCAUUGAAGCUGUCUCUGUGCUGGUGACAAUUUUAGCAAUCAAAACUCAGAAGCUCUAAGAAUUUCUUCUCUCAGUGGAGUUGUAGUACAACAAAGCUUAAUUUAAAUCCUGACACUGGUCAUUUAAAUCUGGAUACAACAUGAGAAGUUGUUUGAAAAGAAAAUCUAUGUAUAAAUCAGUCAGAUCAUAUGUCUUGUUGCAAAAAUUACUUGCAUCAUUCAUGGUAGUUGUCUUUUGCGUUGCUUGACAGACAUGAAGUUCAUAGUGAAAUUCAAGUCCAAUUGAGUUCAUGCAGGAGUUACAGUUGCGUAAAGUCUCUGAUGGUUUCUUAUGUCACACUGAAUGUGUUCAGGGCUUCUUCGCCAGUCAGCAUAGUCAAACAGACUUACAUGUGCCUACACAGUGUCUUUUGUUGAAGCUCAAUUUGGAAAACGUGAGUUGAAAGAUAUGGUGUGGCCAGUUGACACUUAAACUUCAUCUUUCCCAUCAUGUUGAUGGCAGAUGUUCCUGUGUGAACUGUCUUCAUGGCCAUUUAAAUGCUUCCCUGACAUCCCCUUGUAAAUGUUUUUGUUUUUGGCUUUUUCCACUUGUAGUUAAGGUCUCCUGUUUGUUUGAGUGUAAACAACACAUGGGCGUAAUAUUAAUAUUUCAAUACUGACUGCCUUCAAGAGCAGAGUUUUUCCUGUAUGUUUACAUGUGUUUAUAGAGCUAUCUUUUUUCCAACUUUUUAUUGUAUUUUUUUUUUUUUUUUUUGUCCACUAAGAAAACCCCAUCUUUUAGAACUCAUGAUGAAGACCAGUCGUUGUGCAUAAAUGGCCUUUCAAAAUCCAGAUAUUUUUAAUGUACAGUUAAGGUUAGAGUUUCUCUUUUGUAAUCAUGGCCUUAAAAUCCAAACCCAGUGUAUGUCAGAUAACUUUGCAUUUGCACUGAAAUGUAAAAGUAGCUCUGAAGCAAUUUCUGGACAGAAUUUAAUGGCAGCUAUGGUACUGUAGCUUUUUUGUUUGUUUGUUUUUUACAUGAAGUGUAUUACAACUCAUAAGCACACUACUAAUCUAUACAUAUGACUUAUGUAGUAUAACAAUAAAUAACAUUUUCAUCUUUUCUAUUACUGAUAGUUUCUGCAGUGUUAAAUGUGUUUUUGUACAUUGUGCAUGUGAUUGUGUAAUAUUUGAUGUGAUGGUUCUGUUCCUACGGUGCUUACGUUGACUUAAAAUUGUCUCUUAGUGCAGAAGGAUACUUUUAUAUACCUUCUGUUUAAACUUGCCAUCUAAGCAUGAAUACAGUUUAUUUAAAAUGUUAACAUAAAACGUGGAGGUGUCUGUCACACAAACAAAAACUCAGAAGCUUGGUUUCUUUUUUGAAUGAAUUGUUUGUACUCUGCAAAAACCCCAAAAACAUGGCAUCUGUAUUGUUGCACAUUUGUCAUGAAUUUGCUUACUUGGAGUGCUCUCAGCCUACAUCUUGUGUUUUAUCAGUAGGCGAACAUGUAAACACUUUUGUCCUCAACUCUCAACAUCACAGAUAUUUUGACUCUGGGGGAAGUGCCAGCUGCAGAUUACAAAGCGAACACAGUAAAUUGUUUGAUUUGCUUCCUUCUUAAACUACUCCCAAACCAAAUUUAUAAUGUGAGUUUAGGGAGGUUGCGCUAUCUGACAUCCAGCCUUUUAGGUUGCACUCGAGACUUUGAGGUCAUCCAACUUACUCCACCCACUUUCUUACUGCAGUGCACCAAUUUCACUGUCAGCAACACAGCUACAGAUGCAUCUGCAUCAACAAUCUUGUAAGGAUUUAGUGGCUUAGCGUCUCUCCUACUGAGAGUGCUGUGGUUAUUGUGGCUGGAUAAAUGACUGCUUGACUCUCAGAAAUCAUAUUUUCCAUAUAAUCCACAACAAAGUUCAGAUGAGUUUUGAAACUCUUCAGCUCAUGGCCUUGUAAAACAGUCUGUAAAAGUCGACUUUGUAAUACAUAACACAGCUUCCCACCCCACCCCCUCUGAUCCUUCUGCGAUUGUUUGUGACCUUAUCGUCCAGCAUGCAACAGUUUGGAGUAUUUUCCUGACCUUUGAGUCUGCUCUUUCAGAUCCUUUGUACUUGAGACAGCUGUAUUGAGAAUAAGUUGUUUUGAAGUCGCUUUGGCUCUAAAUGAAAUUCCUGACUUGUAAUCAGUUAUUUACUCCCACUUUAUCUCAAUAAGCUCCAUGUGUCGCCUUGUUUGAUGCAUUUGGUUCAAGUGAAUGAGUGCAGCUAAACAGGGCCUGCUUGCUCAUAUAAGUUUCCACUGAGUUUCUGUAAUAACCACAGACGAGAUGUCGAGGCAGUGUCACAGUGACAUUCUAGACUUUUCUACAAUAACAAGCUAAAUAUGGCUGGAUUAUAUGGUUUAAAGUCAGUAGAUGUUAACAGACCCACCAUCCAGUUAUGAAUUCAUUUUCUUUAAUAAAUGGAAGAAAACUAAAUUCUUCCACGCCAUAGCCUAUAUAUCUAACUUUUCAUAUGGCUUUGUAAUGCUAGAUCAGUCAUUUGUCUACCCUAUGUUCUUGGUGAAAGCCUUAUUGAGAUACUCGAGCAGCAGGAUGGCCGGUACGAUUUUGCUCUUUCCUUUUUUUUUAAACUCCCCUCAGCCGACAGCAAAUACUAUCAUUUUACAACUGUCUCACUUUCUUCUGUACUUUUAGGUGCUGUCUUUGCAGAUCUCCCUUUAUUUUUCCUUGGACCAGGUUUACACCUCACACUUUUACCCGAGUUUAUGAAAUUGUUUAAAACACUCUUGACCGAGCCGUCCUCGGCUGUAAAUGAUUCUAGAAUAAAUGUUGAGUUUGUUUUCUUAACGGUUCACUGCACAGUUCAAAAACAAGAAAGAAAAAAAUCGUAAAAAUGUCGGCAUGGCCUUCUUCUGAAGUUCUAGCUGUUUUGAGGCUGGUUCACUGCCAGUGGAAUAAAUCACGUAUGAAAAGGUCACUGAACUUUCGGCUGAAAAUAGCACAAAAACGCUCUGCUUUCUUUACAUGUACUUGUUGCUACCUGCUCGUGCGUAGUCGUUGCCAUUAUCAUGUCGCUGUCCAGGUUUCUUUAUGUGGAAGAAGUUCUUUUUGAGCAGAUGUGCUUAUGUAAUGGACUAUUUAUGAACUGUAUCAAACCACAAGUUUCUGAUGAUACUAGUGUGUAUGCAACGUGCUGUAUUCAUGAUCAUGUUGCGUGACUGCAGUUUUCUUUUCUUUGUUAAACGGUCAGCUUGUAAAACAGUACAGUUUGGUAACACUGGAUUUUGAGUUGAGCACUGGCAGCUUUGGUUCCUCAGUGCAUUUCAGUCUGCCUUGUCACUUUAAAGAUGCUGGAAAUGUUUCAGUAGUACACCAGCAACAACGAUGGACAAAAAUAUAUUUAAAUAUCAGCUCAAAUAUAUAUUUUUAGGAUUAUGCAGACUGAAUGUGAUGUGCCUAGCUCGCUGUCUUUUUUUCUUCUUUAUAAAAUGUAAAUAGAGGAAGUUGUUGAAGUCCUCAUGAGACUUUCCAAAGUGGGAAAUUUUUGAGUUUUACGUCUUAAAAUCUCUGAGGACAUGAGACUUUGUUAUAAGUAACUUGUUAUAAAACACUUCAGCUAUAUCAUUCAAAGAUCUUAUAAACUAAGACUGAAAAGGUUUGAUGUAACAUGCUUUAGGGCUCUUUUUUUGUACAUUUUAAGUUAGAGACUCAUUGUUUGUGUAAUAAAUGUCUUUCCAAAGAA